AUGACUAAUUACAAUCAGAAAUCCACCGAAGGUCUCUCUAUUGCCUUCUUAACGACUUGGAUGCUCGGAGAUAUCUUUAAUCUUCUCGGUUGUUUGAUGGAACCAGCUACUCUUCCAACACAAUUCUACAUGGCACUCGUGUAUACAUUAGCUACAACAGUUCUCUAUGUUCAAUCUAUAUAUUAUGGCUAUAUCUACCAGUGGUUAGAGAACAGGAGAAAUCAUAGAAUGGAUCUUGAUGAAGUGCCAUUGCUACCUGAAUAUGAGCCCCCCAAGCGUCGUUUCUCCACCAAACCGAUGCUAUUCGUGGUCUCGGCGGUCUUGUUUCUUGGAACGUUCGGUCUUGCGAUUUUGCUAACUUGGUCAAGAAUCAAUAAUCAAGAUCUUGGAGCAGCAAGAAAGCUUUUUCGGAAAUAUGACGAUGGCGAAAUCGGAUUGUUGUUGGGUUGGGGAAUGGCGGCAAUUUACAUGGGAGGAAGGCUUCCACAAAUAUUUCUGAAUAAGAAGAGAGGACAUGUUGAAGGAUUGAAUCCGUUGAUGUUCUUCUUUGCACUACUUGGGAAUAUUACUUAUGUUGCAAGCAUCCUUUUAAAAAGCGUUGAAUGGAUUAAUAUCGCGCCGAAUCUACCAUGGCUUGUUGAUGCAGGAGGAUGUGUCGUGCUUGAUUUUCUUAUUCUGCUUCAGUUUUACUACUUCAGAGACAAAGAUUCUGACAAGAAGAAGCUUGAAACUGGAGAAGAAGCUGUCUAG